UCGCGGCUUAACUCAACGCGGGGUGGGAAGAGCGAGCGCGCCUGCCGUGCGGAGAGAUGGAGCCGCCCCGAGGCGCGUGAAACUGGCAGCAGCGGCGGCGGCGCUUCUUCCUUUCAUUUUCGGCGUGCCGGGCAAAGAAAAGCCGACGCCCGUCGGAUUCCUCGGCCUUUUCGGCCCGGCCAAGUGGGGAGCGGGUGGGGGCGAAGAGGAGAAGCCUGGUCGGCUGGCUGGCUGGCUCCUUCCACUCCUCCCGACCAUGGAAGAUGGUUUGAAACAGGAAAAUUCGGAGAAGUCAAAGAGUCCCACUUCAGGAGAUAAAGUUGGCUGGAUCAAGAAGAGCAGCGGGGGGCUUCUGAGUCUUUGGAAAGAGCGUUACAUCCGGCUCCGUAAAAACCAGCUCUUGCUGUACGAAAAUGAGGAAGAACAGAAAUGUGCUGAGAGUCUUGAACUGGAGCAUUAUGAUCGAUGCCAAGAUUUGCGAGCGCUCCUGAAACGGAAAAACAGAUUCAUUUUAAUCCAUUCUCCAGGAUGCAAGGUGCAAGAUAUCAAAUUCCAGGCAUCGACCCCAGAAGAAAAGGAAUUGUGGAUGAAAGCGCUCAAUGAUGGCAUCAGCCGAGGAAAGAAUAAGAUAUUUGAUGAGGUGAAAGUUGAUGAGAGCCUGUCUCUGGAUCACGUAACUCGAGGCAGAGCCAAGAUAGUGAAGGGCCGUCGUCCACCUACCAGAAGCCAUUUGAAAGAGGUGGCUAAUUCAAUGUCAGAUGGGAUCCUGAGACUCGACUUAGAUGUAUCAGACGGUGGACCUCCAAACAGCAUCCUAGUGACCAGUGAGACUGCUGAAACUCCUCCUCCGAAGGAGACUCCUAAACCUCCAAUGCCCCCUGUCAAAGUGCCCAUGCCUCCAACGGAGAACCUAAGUGCCAAUCUUACCCCAGAAGAUCCACAGGUCAAGAAGCCACCAAUGCCUCCAGCUAAGCCUCUUAAGGAAGUAGCAGCGCCCGGUGAAAAUGUGAACUCUGUAGAAGGAAGCGACGCAGAAGAGAUGUGUGAAGAUUGUGAAGAAGACGAAGAAGGCUUGGCGGAAAUCAAACCUCCAGUACCUCCUCCGAAGAUUUUAUCUGACAAAAUGAAGGUGGGAUGGGAUCAUCCGAGUUCUGAACUUCAUGAUGUUGAAACUGAGAACAUCAAGGAAGCAGUCAAACCACCGACUCCUCCACCUAAGGUUUUUAGAGGCAGCUUGAUCUCCAACGAUGCACAGGUAGACCUUUCUGAAGGGGAUCAGCAGCCUGAUGGAGAAGCAAACCUUGACGUCAACGGCAUUGACGAUAACGGAACAACUCAACCUGCUUUCCAGAAUGGGAAGGAGCAGAAUGAUCAUUCCUCAGAGCCAGCAGCAAAGGAAGAGGGCUUGAACCUGCCUUCUGAAGACCAGAUUGUGGAACCUGUGGGAGGUUCUCCAGCAACCAAGCUUCGCAGCUCCUCUCUAGGGGCCUUGCUUUCAGAUUCGCCCAAAAAGCCUCUUCGGCCAGAUUUCCAGAAGUCGUCUCUACUCCACGUGGUGCGGAUGGAGAAGAAAAUCGCGGAUGAAAAGGAACGAACUGAAAAGCUCCUGCAGAAGGUUCACUGUGAAGAGCUGGAGCAAGCCCAGGAAGGGGGCAAGGGACCUUCGGUAGACGCAAAGGAGCUGCUCAACGAAGCCACCGAACAACUCCGGCAAGCCACCCAGGUCUUGCAAGAGGUCAAAGAUUUAGGGGAGCUGAGAAGGGAACCUACCAGUUUGCGGAAAGGGGUCUCGAAGGACCUAGUGACGGUUUAUAGGAGAAGCGCUCCUUAAGAAGGGAAUUUGAAUUCCGAAUCGUGACUUAGACGAAAGGUAGCCAGGCGACAACAUUUCUACCGGGCUACUAGAUCAGUGUUUUAAAGACGGACGGAUAGGGCAGCAGCCUGAGUCUUAUUAAGUAUUGCUUAUUUUCACACUGCCCCUUUGGUAAUCUCAGAAUGUGGGCUGGAUCCUGCCCGGAGGGGUUUUUCUUAGAGAGGGAUCUGGUUAGAGGACCUCAGGGAAUGAUCUGGUUUUUUUUAGGGAAGACGAGCAGUAACUGGGAAGCCGUAGGGACUUCCUACCAGGGAAUGCCUAAAACAUUUCAAAUGCAGAAGAGUUUGAGAAAGAGAUCGUGAAGCCUUUCCAACUUGGUGGAAACCUCUAGCAAGCUUAGAACGGGAGCUUUGUGGUUCAGGUGGCGCCCUUUUGAGCUAGGAGCACGUCAGGUUGGAGCAGGGAUGUUGAAUUUCCCCAUGCAGGCUGGAAUAUUUUGGGUUAGAAAAGUUUUGCACAGUCCUGGUUCCUGUCCUUCUGCUUUAUUCUUUCUCUCCUUCUCCCUCCCUCUCCCCCUUUCCCCCUCCCUCUCCCUCCCCCCUCUCUCCCUCUGCUCCCCCCCUCUCUCCCCCCUCUCUCUCUCAUUUGCAAAGAUUGCAGAGAUCAGCUGCAGGAUGAGAUCUUAGUGAGCUGGGUAUGGAAUGGGGCUGCAGUACUUUCUAAUCCUUUUUGUUUUAACUCAGGGUUAAUGUAGUGGGGCACAUGGGCGGCGGGGCUGAAGCAAGCAGUGGGUGGGCUCGUCGUUGAUAUCCUUUCUUUUCUCUCUCUCUCUCUCUCUCUCUCUUUUGUGAUGCUCCCUCCUUCCUGACUCUCCUUUUUCUUGAACGGCUCUGUUGCAGAAAGCUCCGCAGGUCCCGUUCCAGUUUUUUAUUUAUUUGUCCCGAGCCAUGCAAGGUCCUUGCAAAUGGUGACAGUUUGUGCAUCCUGCAUUUAAAGACGAGCCCGCUUACCACCAAGAUAGCCAGUGAUGUUUUAGGGGAGGCUCCCAAUCUGUAAAAGUUGCUGACGACGGGUGGAUGUUUUAAGUCUGCCCUGCCAAGGAUCGAAUUGAACUACAGCAUCAGAUUGCAGAUCUGAAAUCGUCCUAGUUCCGACAUCACCCGCUCGCUUGAGCUUGGCUUAGCAUGUUGUUGCAUUGCUCACCUCUGGCGGCUGAUUGAGCAAACGAUGGUUAUGCAAAGUGUGCCUUACCACAACGUGGAAACCCGAUUAAAGUCUUCAGCAAGUCGUAGGGAACAAGAUUUUCCCCCUCCCAGGCUGACUUUUCAUUGAUUUGUGAAGAAUAGACACAUCAUACAUUGGAGAGACUCUGUAUAAAUCUAUCACACAAAAUCUCAUUUGAAUGGGGGCGGGGGGGGAAUGCCAACGGGACUCAUACGUGCUCAGAUUUCGUAUAAACACAGUGGAGGGCAUCAGUUUUUUUUCCCAUUAUGCAGUGGCACUCGCCUUAGCAACAAUACCAACUUUGGAGAAAUUAUUUUGCAAUUGUAGGGCGGGUAUAUUACCAGGGGUGAAAUGUAAAAUUUGUUACUACCGGUUCUGUGGGCAUGGUUUGGUGGGGUGGUGGUAAUGUGACUGGGUGGGCAUGGCCAACUUUUUUUUUUUUAAAACUUUUCAAAGCAUUUUUUCUAAUGCUUUGAAAAACCUCUGCCGAUCAGGCAACUCAGCUGGGAUCGUCAGAGAGGCUUUUUAAAAAAAUGCCUCUCUGAUGAUCAGGCAACUCAGCUGGGAUCGUCAGAGACUUUUCUGCAACCUCUUCGGCCAAGAGGUUGCAGAAAAAAAUGCUUUGAAAAGCCUCUGAGGAUCCCAGCUGAGCCACACGAUCAUCAGAGGCUUUUUUUUUUAACUUUUAAAAACAUUUUUUCAUUGGAAGAGGUUAUAGAAAAAAUGCUUUUAAAAGUAAAAAAAAAAGCCUCUGAUGAUUGUGUGGCUCAGUUGGGCAUGGUGGUGGUGGUGGGGCGCAGGGAUUUUUGCUACUGGUUCUCCGAGCCACCAGCCGCCAUCGCUACCGGAUCAGGUGAUCCGGUCCGAACCGGGAGCAUUUUACCCGUGGUAUAUAUACGUUCCCAUGUUUCCUUUGGUUUUGGUUCUAAGCUGGCUGAUAGCUACCGUGUUUCCCCCGAAAAUAAGACCUCCCUGGAUAAUAAGCCCUCCACCGAAAAUAAGCCCUCCCCAAAAAUAUUUAACUGUACGCGUAGCCGGUCCCUGCCAUUUCCUCUGGUUAGGUUUAGGGAGACAGAGCUGGAAAUCAGGUAAGACGGCAAGAGGAUCCCUGUCUUGCUCCACGCUCCCCCAAAAUAAUAAAACCUCCCUAAAAAUAAGGCCAAGUGCUUAUUUCGGGGUUCAAAAAAAUAUAAGACAGGGUCUUAUUUUCGGGGAAGCACGGUAGAUGCAUCAGGCAGACCAAGGCCCAAUUUAUAUUUAUCAGCAGAAUAGACCAUGGCUUAGGGUGAGAUAUGAAUUCUGUCGUAAGCACAAUCUGCCGCCAUAGAUUACUGUACUGUAUUUUUUUUUUUACUUUCGCCAUUAAUAAGCUUCUUUUCCAAGAUCCUCAUUUUCACUUGAGCCAAUGGCUUUUAAAACUCUGGAGACGACAGUAUUUUACAACCUGGAAAAUUAGUUUAUGACUAAUAUUUUCCUAUCCUUCAGAUGUCAUUUUAAAAAAAAAGAAAGAAAGAAAAAAGGACGAGCAUAAAAUCGGUACCCAAUGAUUCAAUAAGCAGCUUAAAGAAGAAACAUUUGCGAAUCCAGGCAGGAUGGAAAUAAUGGCACUUAGUGCAUUUGUGCUCUGGGUUGAUUUCCUGAAGACGGGGUCCUUGGAGACCUUGCUGAAUUCAUCACCGGACUCUUCCUGCAAGAAAAAAGUGAAAGGAGGAAGAGGAGUAAGAGAAACACCAGCUUUUCUUCCUGUUAUCUAAGGCGGUGCAAUUAGGGAUGUGUUGUCCUCGUAUAUAUUGGAGCCGGUUCACAUUGAUCUGGUUUGCACAUUGCACUGAGGCAUGUAAGGGUUGGUUUGUCUUAGCCUGCUCUGUUAACCCAGCCCAGGGACCGGCAACCUUAAAAACUCAGAGCCACAAAGGUCCUAACCGGAAGCCCCCCAUUAAAUUCUGGAGCCAACCAGAAGUCUGGUUCCCCCACCAUAGAGUCUCUUCCUAGCGUGGCAUCCUUUUUCUUCUACCUGUCCUAAUCGAAAGCCCUAUCAAUUGUGGAGCCGACCAGAAAACCCAACCCUUGCCAUAGAGUCUCCUGGCACGCUGUGCUCCCCCCUCCACCAACCGGAAGCUCCUCUCAAAAUUGUGGCACUGACUGGCGAUGGAGCCGCAGCAGAGCCACAUACGGCUCCAGAGCCACGGGUUGCCGACUCCUGAGCCAGCCAAUUGUGGUUUAUUCAACAAGCCAUGGUUUACUGCCAUUUGGAAGCCUAACCUCUGGGAUGCAUAAACUACUGCUUAUGGCAGAGAAAUACAAAUUGGGAGGCUAGGAGCCAUGCUCUAAAAUGGAUAGAGUCAGGACAAAGGGUUUGGGACUAGAUGAAAUGUUCAUAUCAAACUGAAUACAGUCAGUGGGAGUACUCCCCCCUGUAUUUAACAUUUCUUUCCUUUUCUCCUAUGAAGAAUUAAAAGUUGGCCACUUGUGGAGAAGCCCUAGGAAUGUCCUCAAGGCCCUUUCAGUGGUGCCCGUUGGGCUUCCUUAAUUCAUAGCUUGGCUUUAUGGUUAAGCUGCCUAUGGUUUGUUCUGCAAACCCCAAUUGAGCAAAUGGCAGCUUAAUGUGAUGGCAUCAAAUCGAUCUGUGCCCCCCCCGCCGCCUUUUUUUUUUUAAAUUGCGGCAAGAGACGAAGUUUCAUAUGCAGGAUGAUUCGGGACAAGUCAAAGACGGUAUUGUCCGGCGUCAUCUUAAAUAAUAUAUUUUCUGCAAAAUCAAUCUAUUGCACAGCUGAACUAAAUUCAUCUCCGCACUCGAGAGUCAUUAUGUGCUUUCACAAUCUCCCCAUGGCCACUGAGCCAUUGGAAGCCAGCUUUACUCCCUUGGGCAGUGAUGGAGAACCUUUUAGACACCGAGUGCCCAAACUGCAUGCACGUGCAUGCGCAGACCUAUGCGUGCGCGGACUUGUUUCAUCGUUUGCAGGGAAGCAGAAGCUCACAAAAGAAACGCCACGGAGAUCUGACCUGGAGUGACGGCCCACGUGGCAGCGGAGAGGGCUCUGGGUGCCACAUGUUCGCCAUCACGGCCCUAGCGAUUGUGCUCUGCACCGUCUGUCUCGGUGUCCCUUCUUGCUCUUAAAACCGUGGUUUACGUGCAAACAGAAAUCCUGGCUUCACGUCUCUUCUGAGCAUCUGGGACCCACGGAGCACUAACAGGGUCAUAAUUGGGUGGCCUUCGGUGCAUUUGCAGGCAGGGCUGCACAUAUUAACUUCCCAACAGACUGUGGUGGAGAUGUUCCAUGGAUGACUUAUAAAUUAUUGGCACUGCUGCUGGAUAUUCCAGGCCUCCUUAACCAAAACAGAGCUCCUUAGAUAGGCUUCUGCAAGAGGAGCUUCAAAACCCCCAGCCCUUUCUGGUUUGAGUACUGUGUUGCCCCGAAAAUAAGCCCUCCCCCCAAAAUAAACCCUCCCUGAAAAUAUUUAACUGCACGCGCAGCCUGUCCCUGCCAUUUCCUCUGGUUAGGGUUAGGGAGACAGAGCUGGAAAUCAGGUAAGACGGCAAGAGGAGCCCCAUCUUGCUCCACGCGCCCCAAAAUAAUAAGAUCUCUCCGAAAAUAAGGCCAAGCGCUUAUUUCGGGGUUAAAAAAAUAUAAAACAGGGUCUUAUUUUUGGGGAAACACUGUAGUUGCUGGACGAUCUCAUAACAAAAGGCCUAUUUCUCUUUUUUAAAAAUAAUGAAGUUGAUUGUGUCUCCCUCAUAGCUGCUUGUCCUUGUCCCUUUUUUCCCCCCACAAUGGGUUCAGCCGGCUGGGAGUUUUUUAUUUAUGCGAGUGACCAUACCAUGCUUUUGUGUUUUUUUUCAAAUAAGGGGCCAAACUGGAGUCCUCUCUCUUUAAAAAUAAUAAUAAAAAGAUGUAAUUAUUUUGCACUAGCUGUUUACGAGACAGAAAUAUGAAAAUAGCUAUUUUGCUUAGAGCUAUCUCGCAGUUUUCUUUUCUUUUUGGCCCAUCCCUGCAACUGCUCGUGUGUUGGCUGCCAAAAAAACAAUCUACAACUAGGAACGUAACAAACCUGUUUGUAAGAGAAAAAGGAGUGCAAAACUUAAUUUACCCAUGCCUACUCACUCACUGAAGACUGCAGUCCUGGGUGGCUUUUCUCCCCUCCCUUCCCCCUCUGUGUACCGGAGUAUUGUCAGUGCUAAAAUCAGGGAACAUUGGCCUUGGCAUAAGACAGUACUUUCCUCUUCAACACUUUGUACAUUCAAUCAGUGUGAAGGGUAGAUGUUCUUCGUACCAAACCUAGAUUGGCUCAGCAGAAAGGUAGCCUUGCUUGCAGUUAUCCAAGUGUUUUCUGAGGUGCGAACCAGGGGUGAAAUGCUACCGGUUCGCUCCGGUUCGGGUGAAUUGGUAGUGAUAAAAGCUACCUGUUCGAGUGAACCAGUAGUUUAAAAAAGCUACCGGUUUCUCCAAACCAGUAUUUCCGACGAUCAGCUGUGCCACGGGGUUUAGCUUUGCUAGAAAGCAGGAAAUCCUGCUUUCUAGCUAAGCUAAAUCAUGCAGCACAGCUGAUUUCCUCCCCCCCUUGCUGUUCUACUUACCUUCCCAAGCUGCCUUUUGGUGUGUACUGCGCAUGUACGCAUAACAUGCGUUUGGUGCACACUGCACAUGCUUACGCAGCGCACAUUUAGAGUGCCUGCACGGUCAGCGAACCGGUUCAGAUUUCACCACUGGUGCAGACCCAAAUUUGCUGCUAUGAAAUAUGUGAAUUGGCUCUAUUUAUCUAGGUAAGCACUGAAGGAAAUAACUCUGAAGGAACCCUGUUAGGGUAGACCAAUGUUUCUCAACCUUGGGAUAUCUGGACUUCAACUCCCAGAAUUCCCCAGCCAGCAUGGGAGAAUUCCGAGAGUCGAAAUCGGCGCAUCUUAAAAGUUGCUGAGAUUUGAGAAACAACUAGGGUGGACAAUCUAGGCUCCUCCAUAGAUUGCUGGGCUUCAGAUUCUGCCCUUCCUAGCCAGCAGAGCCAGUGGUUAAGCAUUAUUGGAGUUGUAAUCCAGCAGUAUCCGUAGAUCUGUAAGCUUAUUCAUCUAUCGCGCGUAUAUUUAAUGAACACUGAACGUUGAUAUAUUUCCUCAAAAGUGCUUCUCUUAAAAACCUGUUAAAAAAUCUUCGAACAGAAUGUUGCUGUUGAUUCUACAUUCCCUCUCAAAUCUGAGCAGAAUAUUGUAGUCUCUACUAACAGUAUUUUGAACCCUUUUUUUUUCUACACUGUCUUGUAAAUAACUAAACACUCCUUUGGGUGCGCGUUGAGUAUUUUGUUGCAAAAAAGUUUUAUCCAGAAAGAGGUUGUUGUCUUUGUCUUUGAGAUGGUCAGCCCUCCGGUUGAAAAUUGCCAACACUGAUUCUUUCAGCCCUGAGAACUUCUUAAAAUAUAAAUAUAUUUUUAACAAGC